CGGCGAGCAGACGAGCCAGUGCCAGUACUCUCCACAGCACAGUUUCUAGGCUUUUUUGUUGUUGCGUGAUCGUUGUUGUUGGUGAACCGUUUGCAAGGCGUUAAGACAAACAUGCGCGCUUUUGUGGUUUUGGCGGCCUGUCUGGCCGUUGCGUCCGCUGACAUCGGUUUGAAGCUGCGCCAGGCGGCGGAGGCCCGUGCAGCGAGCAGCUACGACGUCGGCCAGCAGUCGAUAACGGUCGACUACGCGCCGGCCGUGUUCGAGGAUACCGUCGUGGGCGAUAGCCGCUCGUAUGCGGACGCCGGCGCCUCGGCCGCGUCAUACUCGGCCGGCCCGGGCAACGCCGUCUUCGAUGCCGGCUACCAGGCCGGGCUUCGGGACGCCGCGUCCUCGGGCGCGUCGGCUUCGGCCGGUGCCGGUGCGGUCAGCGGCACUGGCUCGCGCUUCGGUGCGACCGGUGCGUACUCUGGUGCCGCCGCCGGCAGCUACGCCGGUAGCGGCGCGUUCGGCAGCUCGUCGUCGGCCGGUGCGUCCGCCUACGCCCAGGCCAAGACGCAGGUGCGCUAUGCUGCCCCGGAGGUCCUGAAGCACUUCUACUAUCACGUCGCGCCGGAGGAGCCGCAGGCCGAGGCCGAAGCCAACACGCUCACCAUCACGCCCCGCAAGCACUACAAGGUCAUCUUCAUCAAGGCCCCGACUGUCAGCGCCAACGCCGGUGCGUCGUCCCAGGCCGCCAGCCAGACGGAGGAGAAGACGAUCGUCUACGUGCUGGUCAACAAGCCCGCCAAGGCACAGGCCGGUGCGACCGCCGACGCCAGCUCGUUCUCCUCCGGCAAGCCGGAGGUGUACUUCGUCAAGUACCAGGGUGCCCAGGCCAGCGCGAACGCCAAGGCCGCUGCCACCGCCGGUGCCACGGCCGGCUCGUUCGGUGAGUCCGUCGUCGACGUCGGUUCGCUCGCCGGAGCGUCCGCCGGUGCGAACGCGAACGCAUACAGCGCGUCUCAGGCCCAGGCCGGUGGAUUCGGCGGCAGCAGCUUCGACGGUUCGUACGCCGAUGCCGGUGCGUCGGCCGGUGCCACCGCCGGCAGCAACGACUACAGCUUCAACCUGCGCUCGAGCGACGUGUCCGCCGCCUCGGCUGGCGCGAGCGGCUACAACGGCGAGUUCGCCGCCAACGAUGCUACCGUCGGGGCCGGCGUUACGGCCGCGUACGAUGCCGCUGGUGCCAGUGCUGGCGCUGUUUCUGGCGCUGUCAACACGGUGGUCUACUAGGGCCCGCUGUAAGCCAACCGACGCUAACAAGCAUAACCGAACCCAAAGCCCCCUAGAGUGUUGUCUCGAGACAGUGCACGACAAAGACU